AUGUGCGGGAUCCCGGUGUGUGUGCAUUGCAAGAUGGUGGGAGAUCACUCGGCAGGCGACAAAGGUGGCCACCGCCUCGUGAGUUUGCUCGACGCGUACGAGCAGAGCAUUAAGGAGUCGGCCAAGCCUGACCCGCUCAUCGAGACGAGGAAGGCAAUGAUUGGGACCAAACUCAAGCAGAUCAGAGACCGAGUGAUGGACAUCGCGGCCAACCGGCAGGAGGUGGAAGUGCAGGUGCGUCGCAGCAUGGACGUCGUCUUGGCGCGGCUGGAGGAAGAGGCGAAGGCGAAGAUGGACCUGCUGCGGUGCGAAGAACUGGAGUUGACGCGCCAGGUGCAGCAAGUGGAGUGGGCCGACGCGUUCCUUGCGAGUCAGCGCUGUCAGUUGGCUCCCGUCGAGUUCCUGGCUGCGUGGCACUUGCACAAGCCAUUGCGCGUAGAGCAGCGGGAAUUCCCUGUCGUGCAUCUGGCGUCGGCGGAGAGCGUCAAGCCCGACAUUCAACUGCUCGGCCGCAUGCAAGUGGUGUCGGGGGACGGAAGCGGCAGUCACGUACUAGAAGGCAACGACGACGACGAAGGCAAACGACGCGACGAAGAGCAACAUCAAGUGGGAGGGCACGUCAUGUCCCCCAAGGGCAAGCGCAUCAUCGAAGACGUCAAGAACGACCUCCUAAAGGGCGGCGGCGGGAGUCGAAGUCCGCAGAAGAAGGGCAGCUUGACCACGCGCGCGCCCAGCAACCCGACGAAUGACAAGAAAGACGUAUGGUCCACCCAACUGCGUCGAGAAAUCGGACUCGACGACGCCACCAAGCCGGAAACGAACGACGUCGAAUAA